CUUCGUUUUUUAGGUAUGUAUCAGCUUAGAUUUUUGCGCUUUGGAUCGAUACCGGCUUAUUUGGAUCAGAUCUUGGAUUUGGUAUCGGUUUCUUCAGCUUUGGGGUAUGGUACUGGAUCUUUUGGCAUUGGACUUCAGACGUUGACUUCUUGGACUUCUUUGGUUGGAUUUCUCAACAUUGAACAGCACUUGGACUUUUUUUUCUGUAGGUCAGCGUCUUGGAAUAUUUUCUCUUGGAACGAUAAGUGUCUUUGGACCUUCAGAACCAAAGGAACCCCCUGAGAGGGCCUACCAGGUACAUUGA